AUGCCGGCAACAGACACCGAGUCGGAUUACUUUGAUGACGAUGACUUUGUAGUUCCAGACUCCCCCGGCUAUGGUAACUCGCGCCCACCCAAACGCCGCCGUGUUGAUCCUCCGCGCGGGGGAGAGCAGGACGAGGAUGCGGCUUCAUCAACCUCGUUUUCUUCCAUGGACGAAGACCAACUGCCGCUGCCUGGUGGAGAAUCUUCUCUAGGUUUUGAGGAGCGAGAUGCGCGGUCUAAGUACAAGAGCUUCAUACCGAAAGAGAGCAAUUUUCAAGAGAACAUUUUCGUCACCCAGCUCACCCAGCCUGACUCGAGUCCCGAGCGAAUACGUGGGCCGCGGUGGAAGAAACCCGAUCCUGAUCCACCAACCCCUGAGCCUAUCCCGACUGGCCACGAGACUAAAAACACUGCGUCGCGCGCGGAUAAUUACUACGAUGACGACGAGGGACUGAGAGCGGCCAUUGCGGCUUCAAUGGACUCGCUGGAAGAAGAAAAAACGACGAGAAAUGCCUUCAAUGCCAACAUUUCCAAAAGGAAUAUUCCCCAAAGACUGGAAUCCCCGCGCGAGCAGCAGGCCGGCGGCUCAGCGGAUGCCGCUUUCGAGCUCGACGAUAUCCCCGAGGACGCGUUCGACUCUUCCCCGUCUUUAUCACCAGCGGCAAGGCCGAUCCAGCCAACUCCAUCGCAGUGGAGCUCGAACCGGACUCUGAGCCGACAACCAAGUAUUCGGCAAACCACGUUGUUUGGCAUGACUGCCCGCAACCCGGACAUGGUGGUGCGCGAACAGGACUGGUCUCCGCCCGAAAAGAAUGAGCCCCCGACGCAACACAAGCUUGAACAAGAUACGUUAGAUACUUGGGUAUACCCAACCAACCUAGGUAACACGAGAGACUAUCAGUUCAACAUUACUCAGAAAGGUCUUUUCCACAACCUCCUGGUGGCUUUGCCCACAGGUCUCGGAAAGACAUUCAUCGCCGCGACGAUCAUGCUCAAUUGGUUUCGAUGGACACGGGGCUCGCAGAUUAUAUUUGUCGCCCCCACCAAGCCCCUGGUGUCACAGCAGGUGUCGGCAUGCCUCGAUAUAGCGGGGAUCCCACGAUCCCAAAGCUCCAUGCUGACGGGAGGGGCCUCGCCUGGAAUACGCGCCGAAGAGUGGCAGGCAAAGCGGGUGUUUUUCAUGACCCCCCAAACACUGAUCAAUGAUUUGAAGACGGGGAUUGCGGACCCUAAACGCAUUGUUCUUCUCGUUGUGGAUGAGGCCCAUCGCGCGACAGGAGGAUAUGCAUACGUGGAAGUGGUCAAGUUCCUCCGACGGCAUAACCAAAGUUUCCGUGUUCUUGCCCUGACUGCAACUCCUGGCUCUACAGUGGAAUCUGUGCAGUCGGUGAUCGACGGCUUGGACAUAUCGCGGGUGGAAAUUCGGACCGAGCAGUCGAUUGAUAUUCGAGAUUACGUUCACUCACGAAACAUCGAAAUCGAAACAUUCGAGAACUCCGACGAAAUGGUAUUCUGUAUGGAUCUAUUGUCAACGACGCUGCAGCCAUUGGUGGACCAGCUCCGCACGCUCAACGCCUACUGGGGACGAGAUCCCAUGGGACUGACUGCGUUCGGCCUCACCAAAGCGAGACAGCAGUGGAUGGGAUCCGACGCGGGUCGAAACGCCAGUUUUGGACUGAAGGGCAAGGUCAAUGCCAUUUUCACGGUGUUGGCCAGCUUGGCUCACGCUGUCGAUCUGCUGAAGUUUCAUGGCAUCGUCCCCUUCUAUCGUCAUUUAAUCCAUUUCAAGUCCAAUACCGAGGGCCAAAAAGGGGGCAAGUACCAGAAACAAGUUGUCCAGGAUGAAAGCUUCAAAAAGCUCAUGAGCCAUCUUGAGCCGUGGAGCAAAAACCCGGAAUUCAUUGGGCACCCGAAGUUGGAAUACCUCAAAUCGGUCAUUUUGAAUCAUUUCAUGGACGCGGGCGAGGGGAAGGACCCUGGCGAUGGUGAUAGCCAGCCCGCCACCCGUGUGAUGAUUUUUGUCCAUUUUCGCGACAGUGCCGACGAGGUGACUAGGGUGUUGAAGCGAUACGAACCCAUGAUCCGGCCCCAUGUCUUCGUGGGCCAGACCAGUGCCAAAGGCUCCGAGGGGAUGAACCAGAAGACCCAGCUGCAGAUUAUCGAGAAUUUCAAGAAAGGCACGUACAACACCAUUGUCGCCACGUCAAUCGGUGAAGAAGGUCUGGAUAUUGGCGAAGUUGACCUGAUCGUGUGCUUCGACUCAUCCGCGUCACCAAUUCGCAUGCUGCAACGGAUGGGUCGAACUGGCCGUAAACGGUCGGGAAAUAUCACCCUACUACUGAUGAAGGGCAAGGAGGAAGACUCGUACAUCAAGGCCAAAGAUAACUAUGAGAAGAUGCAGCAAAUGAUCGCCAGCGGCUCCCGAUUUACUUUUCACGAUGACCGGUCUCCUCGCAUCCUGCCUGCCGGUGUGCGGCCUGUGCCUGAUAAACGGCAUAUUGACAUUCCUGUCGAGAACUCCCAGCAGGAGCUUCCCGAGCCCAAACGCAGGGGCCGCGCGCCCAAGCGACCUCCCAAGGAAUUCCACAUGCCCGACGACGUGGAGACGGGGUUCACUCGUGCGUCGACCUUGACGGGCGAUAGCUCUCGGAAGAAAACAAAGGCUGCUACCCCCAAGAAGCGAGCCCGGGUUCCCACGCCAGAGCCCGUAGACAUACCUCCUCUGGACGAGGUUGUUCUCACCGCAAGUGAACAGAGGGAGCUGGAGCACCGUUACCAAAACAUUGGCGCCACCUCUCCCCAGUUCAUCCGCUUCCCGCGCAAUGACGCCUUCCCGCGUCUCCAGAUGACUGCCAGGCCUACCAGGGCUGUUCAGCAUGGUUCCCUGACCCGUCGCAUGAUUAAUACGCUGCGGAAAAUGGACGAAGCCGACCCUGACUGCGAUGAUCGUUUCAAACAGAUCUUAGCCCACACGUCUGCAUCUUUCGAUGACCCGGACCCACCACCGCGUGAAAGGUCGAGUGCUAAGCCUCGCCGCCAGAAGACUACCAAGCCUUUAUCUGGCUCGGAUUCUCGCCCGGCAUCUGCAAAAGCCGGGGAGGAUGUUGACGAGGAGAUAUUCGCCUUGAUGUCCCCACACCCUUCUAAUCGCGACCCGAAACCACAACCGCAGCAGGCCACCUUCUCACUAGAGAGUGACUUUGACGAUGAUGGCUCCGAUUUUGACCUGCCGGAUGCCAGUGUUCUCUUCAGUAGUGGAUCAAAAUCGAAACCCCGGAAGUAG